AUGUCAGAAGCCGAGACAGACAAGGUAAAAAUCAAACCAGCAGAAAGUUUUGAGCAUGACAAGCAAAAUAUUUCUUGGCUGAAGAAAGAACUGGACAGCCCCAUCCUACAUCCCCUUGGAGGCUCAGACAGCUGCACCAGCUCCCUGCCUCUCCCGGCGCUUCCUGGGGUGACGCUGAGCAGCGAGGACCAUCCGGAUAACCAGCUUACAAAUGAAAAACAUACAGAUGAAAAGCCUAUGAAAGGUAUCGUUAUGAGUUCUGUCGCAGAAUUCAGCAUCACAGACACUUCAUCAAAAGGUACCAAAAAUGGGAAGAAAUUCUCGGAUGCGAGCACAUCAUCCAUCGCUUCCCUGGAGAAAUGCAGAGAAUUCACUUACAUUGAAGAUGACGCAUCAGUACAUCAGAGAGACAGUGACGAUGAAUGCGCAACACUUAUCCUGGCCUGCUUGUUCUGCCAAUUUUGGGACUUUCUUAUAAUGCUGCCUGAUACCUGUGAACAUUGGCUGACAGAUACCUGUUGUCCAUCCAAUAGAUACUACCAGACCUCCAACGAAGACCACGCCAACAACGACUGCAACUGCGACUGUGACAUUGAUUGCAGCCUUUUUGAGUCCUGCCACGAGACUGGUGAAUGCCUGGAACUUGCCAUGGAGAUUUCUGAAGUCUGCUAUCGCUAAUAGGAAAAUAAGUGACAAAAUUCCACAAAACUGCCUGAAAGUGAACUGACAGAGUACAAAUGAAUUGUUUGGGGUUUGUUUGGGGUUUGUUUGUUUGUUUUUCAAAAAGAUAACAA